UAAUCACCAGUAUUUCAUGUCAACUGCGGCGGCGUCAGAUGUUCCGAGAGAAAUUAAUUUCUAAAUAUCGGAGGAAACAGCUGUGAAGAUAAGCCGUUCAAGGUGCAAUACCUAUUAGUUGAUUAUUUGGGACUUGUCAUCGUCCAACCGUUCAGUUAGUUCACCCUGAAGCUGAACAUUACUGUAUGAACUCAGCUUUUUUCCCCCAUGGACAUGGAUAAGAAGGAAAAGCAAAACGAGAAGUGCAGCAGUCCUGUUUAUGUGCACAACCCACAUCUGGAUGCUCUGAAAGAUGACAUCCUCUAUCACUUCAGUCUAGGAACUGGAAGUCAUAACCUACCAGCCAUGUUUGGUGAUGUCAAAUUUGUGUGUGUCGGAGGGAGUCCAUGGAGGAUGAAGUCAUUCACUGAGUUUAUUGCAGCUGAGCUCGCAAUGGAAGACCCCAAAUCUGGGUAUCCCAACAUCUGCGCUGGGACAGAUCGUUACGCCAUGUACAAAGUUGGCCCUGUUCUCUCUGUCAGUCAUGGUAUGGGCAUUCCAUCUAUUGCGAUAAUGUUGCACGAACUCAUAAAGCUCCUUCAUCAUGCCCAUUGUACUGAUGUUACAAUCAUACGCAUAGGAACAUCAGGAGGAAUAGGACUUGAGCCUGGCACGGUUGUUGUUACCAGUCAGUCAGUGGAUGCCACAUUCCUGCCUAAGUUUGAGCAGGUGAUCCUGGGAAAGACGGUGGUGCGCAGCACUGAUCUGGACCAAAGCCUGGCCCAGGAGCUGUUGCAGUGCAGCAAAGGGCUUAACCAGUUUGAGACAGUCAUCGGUAACACCAUGUGCACGCUGGAUUUUUAUGAAGGUCAAGCCCGCCUGGAUGGCGCCUUCUGCUCCUACACAGAGGCAGAAAAACAGGAAUACCUCCUAAAGGCCAAAGAGGCGGGAGUCUGCAACAUUGAGAUGGAAUCAUCCGUUUUUGCUGCUAUGUGCAAACUGAGUGGUCUGCAAGCGGCUGUUGUCUGUGUCACACUGUUGGAUCGGCUGAAAGGAGAUCAGCUAAGCAGCUCUCAUGAAGUUCUUAACAAUUAUCAGCUUCGUCCUCAAAUACUGGUUGGCUCUUACAUUAAGAAGCAGCUAAAGGCCAAAGCGGAGAACAGAUGAAUGUUAAGAGUGAACAUUUUGUCUGAGUAUCAUAUAGGUUAUAAAUGACCAAGCACUGAAAAUGAUCCACAACAGUAGAUUUAAGCUGCUGUUGUAGUUGAUAUGUCUUCACAUAAAUCAGUUUUUCAAGGGGCAAUAUUAUGUAUUUUCCACUAUGUGCCAUUUUAUAUCACCAGCAACCCUUAGUUAUAAAUUUUGUAUAUGUCAAGCAUGGCUUAAAAGAAAUAUGACUUUGCAAAUUAACACCUUGAAAUUGUCUCUUUUAAGAGAAGUUUCUACUCUCUCCGGCAUUCUGCCGUCAGCACGUCAUGACAACAACUUCUCCCCAUUAAGGCUUUAAUGACAUUUUUACUAGCGUUUCACUCAAUAGUAGUUUUUCUGAUGAACUCAGCGUCUUCCAGAGACCCGACAUUUAGGCAACCCCAAAUGGCUGCCGUUCGAGGAUUUCUCAAACAUGUAUGAAAGAAUCAAACCAACACUUAUGGUUUAUUUUUGAUGAUAUCAUUAUGGCAUGAGAUAAAGCUCAAAGUCAAUUUAUACAUAAUACAGCCCCUUUUAAAUUAUGCCUUGUAUUCAUACAUUGUUGGUGGUUUAGGAAUAAGGGACAAACAUGCACUCUUUUACUUUUUACCCUUUGUCUUACGUUUGAAUUUAAUUUAACUGAACAUUUGAAUGGAUUUAGAAUUUUAAUUAUCUUUGAUUUAAGGCACUUUUGUAUAUUUAAGUUCCUGAUCCUUAAAACUUAAACUCCACCUGUGCUAUAACAUAAUAUCUUUUAAUGGUUUUACCUAAAUACUCCUUCCUUAAGUGUCAAAGUCCUGAUACAGAUAUCAAAUAUUUUGUCUCAUUUCAUGUUGUUUCAUUUAAAUGAAACAAA